GGCAAGGUCGGCCCUAGCUCUUAGUGGCGUGAGCACCGUUGGCUGCCUCUUGCCUAUUGUCUUAUGGCCUCGCAACUUGUGAUUAGCUCGGUUCUGGCAGAAUGACUAAGUCUCUCUCUGUAAUCAUUUUCUUGCAAGUUGUUAGCAGUGUUUUCCCGAAGGAUUUACCUGAUUAUAUCGAAGUAUGCAAGCGCGAUCAGAGCACGAUCAAUUCGUGCGUUCGCAAAUCAAUCGAGCGGCUGCGACCCAAACUAGCUGAAGGCAUACCGGAGUUUGAGGUGCCGCCGAUAGAACCCUUCUACAUUCCUGAGUUGAUCGUCGACAGCGGCAACCUCAUCCAAUUCCACGCGGUCGGCAAGGACGUGCAGGUGUCUGGCGCGGGAAACUUUUCUAUUAAAAAUGUCGACGUGGACCUGGAGUCACUGCGCAUCAGCGCGCGCGUGCGCUUCCCGCGGCUGCACUUCGUGGGCCGGUACGUGCUGGACGCGCGGCUGCUCGUGCUGCCGCUGCACGGCGCUGGCACCAUCGUCGCUGACGCCAUAAAGUGCGACACGGAGAUAGUGCUGCACUCGCAGCUGGUGGAGCGCGAGGGCGUAGAGUACGUGCAGUUCUCGGCGCUGGACGUGCGCCUGGACGUGCGCGACUACCGCGUGCGCCUCGACGGGCUUUUCGACGGCAACAAGGCGCUCGGCGAUGCGGCGAACGAAGCCAUCAAUCAAAGCCGGGAGGAGAUCCUUCGUGCCACCAAGCCCUACGCCGAAAGAACUGUUUCCAAGCUCUUCCUUGACACUGCCAAUAAAAUUGCUAAUAUCUUCCCCUUCGAUCAGCUGAUACCGCAGUAGCGAGCAAGGAGGCCUACCCAAAUUCAACACUUCACAUAGUUUAAGGAAACUGAAUGAAAUAAUGAAAAUGUCAAUGGAAAAUUUCUAUUAAAAACAGAUGUCUACAUAUAUUUGAAUGACAAAUAUUUAGUAUUUCUUACUCUCUAAAGUUUGUCCAUAUCCGCUACUAAAUUAUGAUUUAACUGAGGCGACAAAAGUAGACUGUGAACCAGGGACAAUUUCCAUGACAGAUUCCGGAAGCUCCAGCCUAGUUUAUGUGAGUUAUCCUCAAUGGCAUUGAGUCAAUGCGUCACAUUCGAGGUUGCAUUUCCACAUAAAAUAUGUUUUUGAAAUAAAAGACACAUUUUCUUAAAAAAGUGGUGCUUACAUAGAUGUUUAACGUGUGCAAAGUUUGGUAUUGCAAAGUAGUGACUUUUAUUUUACGAAAAGGUGACAGAGAGAGUUGAAUGAAAGUUUCGCAUGUAUAAUAUGUAUUAGUAGGGAUUAUCAGAAGUGUCUUUGUGUAAAAUGAUCUACUGUGAUACGUUUUGCAAGUCUAGCUACUGUUUGAUAGAUGUACCUAUAUUUGCGAAAUUUACAAUUUCAUGUCAAAUUCUAUGAAUAACUCUUACCUAAAUUACCAAUUAUGUGACAAGUUUUUUAAAUCUAUAUGUGUAAAAUGAGCUUCCGGUUGUGAUUUAUGUUUGCAAUAAAUUUAUCACAUACCACUGGCCUCAAAUGUG